AUGGCUGUACAGUAUUCUGGUCUAUUUUUCACUAGCAUCAUGUUGCCAUGCAUCCGCAUACUACCUACAGCCUUGGUUAUUAUGAGCGCCCAAGAUCCCAUUCACAUUCCACCUGAUACUGCGCAGAUCGAAGUCUCCGAGUCUCAGUCCGUUGCCGAAGAGCAAUUCAGUUCUUCUGAUCGAUCACACAGGAUGGUUGCCAAGAUUUUUGCCUUCCUUUCAGUACUUGCAGUCUAUGCAAUGGCUGCACCGUUCCCCGUUGUAGGAGGAGAAACUUAUGCCGCUGUUGCAGCUUCGGAACCAGGCUCUGAGGCUUGGGAAUGUUUAAUUCUUGGCAAGAGGCAUGUGAUGGAUCGCUGUAAGAAUUUCAGCCAAUUUAGCAUCACCGCGCAUUGUCUGAACUUAUCUGCAGCACCUUUUUCCCCAUGCUAA